AUGUACGGAAGGCUUUGCAACCUGCGGACGGGCGUCAACCAUCGCCUGGUGCAAUGCAGCAACAUGUACAGCAGUGGCAUUCUCAAAAAAGAUACUGCCCUUCGAGCAUUACAGCCUGGUAAAACGAUGCAUGGUUUCAUCGUCAACGAAGUGCAACCAAUCAAAGAAUACAAUAUGACAGCAUAUUUCCUAGUCCACGAAAAGACAAAGACAGAGUACCUGCAUUUAGAAAGGGACGAUCCCAACAAUGUUUUCUCUGUUGGGUUUCGAACCACUCCACUAGAUUCCAUGGGCACUCCACAUAUACUUGAACACACAGUUCUCUGUGGCUCGGAGAAGUAUCCAGUCAGAGAUCCAUUCUUCAAAAUGCUGAAUAGAUCACUGGCUACAUUCAUGAAUGCGUUAACUGGCCCAGACUACACAUUCUACCCAUUCUCAUCACAAAAUGAGGUUGAUUACCAGAAUCUACAGAAAGUAUACCUUGAUGCAGUUUUCAAACCUAACAUAUCUAGGCUAGACUUUUUACAAGAAGGGUGGAGGUUAGAACACACAAACAUAGAAGAUAAAGAGUCAGACUUAACUUUCAAAGGUGUUGUGUACAAUGAGAUGAAAGGUGCUUUCUCAGAAACAAGUUCUUUAUUCGGACAAAAAUUCAUUAACAGUAUACUGCCAAGAGGGACAUAUGGCUACGUCUCAGGCGGUGAUCCAUUAUGCAUUCCAAAACUUACACAUGAGCAUUUAAAGAAUUUCCACUCUACAUAUUACCACCCAAGUAAUGCAAGAAUUUAUUCAUAUGGCAACUUUCCUUUAGAAGAUAAUUUGAAGUUCGUCAAUGAAGCUUACUUAGCCCAGUAUGCAUAUUUGGACCCAAAUCAUACAAUAGUAGAGAAACAACCGCGUUGGAAAGAGCCAAAAAGAAGUGAAAUAGCUUGCCGAUUUGACCAAUAUGGUGUCCCAAUAGAAAAACAAAACCAAAUUGCAAUAGGCUAUGUGAUGUCUGAUAUCACUAGCAUUUACGAGACCUUCAUGAUGAUGGCCAUGACUGAACUUAUGAUUAUUGGACCAAAUUCAGCAUUCUACAAAAGUUUGAUUGAGAAAAAUAUCUCGGGAGGGUAUAACUCCCUCACAGGAUAUGAUAAUCAAAUUAGGGAUACACUAUUUGUGGUUGGACUACGAGAUGUUGAGAAAUCAAAGUUUGAGAUGGUAGAAUCGAUUGUCAACCAAACUCUACAAGAUAUUUAUGUGAAAGGCUUUGAAAAGGAUCACAUUCAGAGUGUCCUACAUGGAUUUGAAUUGUCUGUCAAGCACCAGUCACCAAAAUUCGGGCUUAAUUUACUCUUCAACCUUAUGCCACUAUGGAUCCAUAAUGGUCCAAUCAUCAAUGCUUUGAAGGUCAAUCAGCUCUUAGAUCAGCUCAAGACUAACCUGAUGGAACCCAAGUAUGUGAAGGAAAUCAUUGAGAAGUACUUCAUUAACAACAAACACAAACUAACUAUGACAAUGGUACCGGAUCCCAAAUUCGAUGACACAUUCAAUAUAGCUGAAGCCACACUAUUAAAAGAAAAAGUAAAAGCCCUGUCUCAACAAGACAGAGAUAAUAUAUACAAGGAAGGCUUAGAGCUCUCUACUGCCCAGAAGAAAGUACAAAAUCUAGAUAUUCUCCCAUGUCUGAAACUUGAAGAUAUUGUUCUUACUAAAACUGCACCUCCCCUGCAACAUUCAGUCGCUGCAACCAUUCCCCUACAGAUGUGCAUGGCCAAUACUAAUGGUGUCACUUACUUCAAGGGAAUCGUAGGAACAGAUUGCUUGAAUGAUGAAGAAAGGCAACUACUACCAUUCUUCGAAUACAUAGUCAACAAGUUUGACACGAAAAAUUACAACUACAGGGACUUUGACAAGUUCAUAAGUAAAUCCACAUCUGGUUUGGGCUUCCUAAGUCACAUUACAGAACACAUAGAUCAAUCAGGACAAUAUGAACAAGGUAUCUUGAUCAGCAGUCACUGCUUAGACGAAAAUCUUCCAAAAAUGAUGGAUAUUUGGAAAGAGAUCUUUAACAAACCGAAUUUCAGUAACAGUGAACGAAUGAAAAUGCUUCUAACAAACUACUGCUCAGCGUUAAGCAAUGGCAUAGUAGACAGCGGACACACGUACGCCAUGCAAGCCGCGCGGUCACUGGUCACCUCAGUGGACGAGUGCAAAGAGAAUCUAAUGGGCCUCCAACACAUAAUGAACAUGCAAGAGAUAUUAAAGAACAAAAAUAUUGAAGAUAUCCAAUCCGUAGUCGACAAGAUUGGCAGCAAAGUUUUGAAAGGAAACAACUUGAGGGCGGCUUUCCAUUAUUGUAAUACCAACCAGGAUGUUCAGGCAAAUGUUGAGGAAUUCUGCAAAGAGCUGUGCGAUAAUGUAGACAAUAAAGAAAUGAACAGGAUUAACUGGACGGACGCUAAGAAGAUGCCGGAGGACAACCGCGGUGUGCACAUACAAAUGAACAUUCCUGUGAACUUCUGCGCUAAAGUCAUUCCCACGAUACCGUACACUGACCCAGACUACGCCAAACUACGAGUGUUGUCGAGAUUCCUUACAUCGAAAUAUUUGCACCCCGUCGUAAGAGAGCAAAAUGGAGCAUACGGUGGCGGCGCGAUGUUAACUCUAGAUGGAGUCUUCAACUUCUAUUCGUACAGAGAUCCUAAUUCAACAGUCACUCUAAACGUAUUCGAUGAGACGACUCAUUGGAUGUCCAAAAAUACAGGUCUUGUAGACGAUCAGAAUCUUUUUGAAGCCAAAUUAUCAAUAUUGCAGCAAAUGGACCAGCCUAUUGCAGAAUACAUGAAGGGCAUCGAUCUAUUCCUGUACGGAUUGUCCUACGACAUUUGGAAGACGCAGAGAGAAAGAGUAUUAGCUGUGAAAAAAGAAGAUUUAAUUGAAGUGUGUCAGAAGUACUUGGUCAGGGAUAAGUGGAGCGGCAAAUGUGUUAUCGGUGAAGGUUCGAAAGACCUUAAAGUGGAUAACGAAGAAUGGGAAAUCAUUAAUGGCCCACAGCAAUAG